GCUCAGACUGCGACCACAUGCCAAAUGUUACAGUCAUUGCAAAAGAAAACCUGCUCUUUGCAAAAGAGGAGACCUUUUCUGGAAGAGAAAAGUAAUUUCAUGCAUUUAUUCACAAAUUAAAAACAAAACUACAAGAACGUCAUGUAGGUUGAGAAGAAUCGUGGGAGUAUUUUCAAAUACUUAACGUUACAGAACACCUGAGAGGAAUAUAUAUGCUUCCUCUUCACAAAUAGAGCAAUCGACCACAGAAAACGAAAGUGCAGGCAGUGGACAGCAUGACAAGCUCACAUACAAUGCAAUAUAUCGGACUUCUACUACUUGCAGCAAUUCUCCUGCAAACAAUCGCCGUUGCUGUAACUUUUAUAUACUUCAGUAACGUCUUAACAACGAUGAAAGAAACAUUUUCAAAGAGCAGCGUUUCAUGUUUGAUGCGCGCCAACCUCAGGACGAUUAAGGGUCUGGAUACGGGUUCCACUGAGGGAAAAGACGACCCCUGCUGGCAAGUUACGCAACAGCUCCAUUUUCUCAUUGAAAAGUCAAUGUCCAAUCGCUACCAGAAGGAAAUCUCUUCAGCAAUUAAAGAUGAAGUAUCUCGAGUUUUGCCCUCUUUGGUGAUCCAAGACCAGGAUGCCCCUCCUCGUCCCAAGAUUGCAGCUCAUGUCACAGGCAGCUAUAUACCAGAGGCAGACAAAGAUGGAAGAGGUCCAUCAAAUAGGAAGGUCUUGGGCCAAAAGAUCCAAUCAUGGGAGUCCGAAAAGGGCUUAGCUUUCCUCCAGAACGUGCAGCUGAGUGACGGGGAGCUGGUGGUGCCACAGCCUGGUCUUUACUACAUUUACUCGCAGACCUAUUUCAGACACACGUUAACCGAGGAGGAGGAGAACGAGGAGGAGGACGAAGGUGCUGGAGAAGACACAAUCAGAGGAAGGCCGAUGUUACAGUACGUUUAUAAAAAAGUGGGCUCUUACCCUGUGCCCAUCCUCCUGAUGAAGAACGCUAGGACCACCUGCUGGUCACGUGACGCAGAAUAUGGAUUAUAUUCCAUCUACCAGGCGGGGCUGUUUCAGCUUGGUGCUGGGGACAGAGUAUUCGUGACCGUCAGCAACGUGAGCACAAUUGACAUGGAUGAGAAGUCAAGUUUCUUCGGUGCUUUUUUGGUGAGCUAGACGGAGCGAGGGAAAGAGGUGGUCACGUAAAUUUUUUUUUUGGACAGAAUGGUUUGAGCUCCUCUCUGUGAGAUAUCAGGUGACAGGACUGACUGGACAACCUGCUUAGCGUGAGCUCCCUUUGAAAAGCAGCAGAUCUUUGAGACAUCCACACACACGUGUACUGAAAUACACUGUUUCAAGCCAAGCAGUUCACCUUGAACGACGGCAUCUCUGUAAGGUGACAGUGUUUGGCACACAUUUGCUAGGCCUCUGAAUCACAUCACACAUAGAUUCUGUGGCACAGCCUCUUUGGGUCGGUGCGAGGGGUCCUCUUUGAAACCAAGAGGUGCAGUUCAUCGCAUCUGUUCUGAAGGUGAUGGAAACGAAGGGCUUGCCAAGUAAUUUGGGAGCCAGCUGAUCUGGUCACUGCACAGUCCAGAUGGUGUGUCUGGUUGGAAAAGGGGCUGGUUCUCCACUGCUGUGUGGAGGAGUUAAAGUCAUUUUUAGGGACAUUGAGGAGGGGUGAAGCUGGAUUUCAUAUUUCCCAGUGAAAAUGUACUUGGAAUAUGGUUAUUUCUGGAUUGUCAAAAAAUGGUUCCAGGACAAUGUUUGAAUUGCCUUUUCCAAUUGGUUUUGUGUAAAAAUAUAAAGCCAGAGAUACAGUAGUGCAUGCUGUUCAUUCAGUUGUGUAAACACAAUGCACGUAUUUGUACUUAAAAAGUGAACUGCAUUUUAUAAAGUUUUAUUUUUUCACUGAACAGUAGGAUUAGGUUUGGUUAUAGCCUUUAGAAAUAGGACAAUUGUACCAGUUACCAGAUCACAGGAGCAGGAAAAUAAUUCUUGUAGAAACUUGAAUUUUUUUCUUUUUUUCCACUGUGAAGUAUUUUUGUGUGGGUAAGACAGACUUGGUUUAUAAUUGCUUUCAGUUUGAUAGCAAUGAAUUGAGUAAGCCUUUGACCUACAUAAAGGGAAAAUUUGAAUAAAUACGUUGUGUUUUUAACUAUCUUCUCAUUCAUAUAUCUUCUUAAAUGUCUUAUUUCCACUGAACCACUCAUUUUGAAUUCUUCUACAUGGAUGUUAGAAUUACAUUGUAAAUGAUUUCCUUACUGCUUAUGUAAAUGAACCAUUCUUUAGCAAUACUUCAAAAGCAUAUAGUCUACAUA